AUGGCAGAACCAUCACCAUUACCAUUCAUAUACCAAUUUGCAUCUGGAGCCAUUGCAGGGGUCUCUGAGAUUCUUGUCAUGUAUCCGUUGGAUGUCGUCAAAACAAGACAACAAUUGGACUCCACAAAUGCUACUAAAGGUACUAUCAAUUGUAUCAAAACUAUCAUUAAAGAGGAAGGUGUAUCGCGUUUAUACAAAGGUAUUACAGCUCCUAUUUUGAUGGAAGCUCCAAAGAGAGCAACCAAAUUCGCUGCUAACGACGAAUGGGGUAAAUUUUACAAAAACUUUUUCGGUGUUUCAGCCAUGACUCAACCCUUGGCUAUCCUCACUGGUGCCACUGCCGGUGCCACUGAGUCGUUUGUUGUUGUUCCCUUCGAAUUGGUCAAGAUCAGAUUACAGGAUAGAACUACAAAGUUUAAUGGUAUGGGCGAGGUGGUUAAAGAUAUCGUUCAAAAAAAUGGUGUUUUAGGAUUGUACAAGGGUCUCGAGCUGACAAUGUGGAGACACAUUUGGUGGAAUGCCGGUUACUUUGGAUGCAUUCAUCAAGUCAAAUCGUUGAUGCCGAAGCCAAAGGAUAACAAGCAAAAGAUUUUGUUUGACUUGACAUCUGGUACAAUUGGAGGUACCUUUGGUACGAUUUUGAACACACCAUUCGACGUUGUCAAGUCUAGAAUCCAAGCUGGUUCGGCUAGAUACAAAUGGACAUACCCUUCCUUGGCCAUUGUAUAUAAAGAAGAGGGAUUUGCUGCGUUGUACAAAGGUUUCAUUCCAAAAGUUUUGAGAUUGGGUCCAGGUGGAGGUAUUUUGUUAGUCGUCUUCACCGCAUGCAUGGACUUUUUUAGAAAGUUCCAUGACAAGAAAUAG